GCCCGGCGGGCUGUCCUCAUUGGCGUCGGAGCCUAGCGAUGGCGGCUGCAUGCACUGCAAGCGGGAAGGGGCUGCUGCUGCAGCUGCUGCGGAAAGAGGCGGCUUUGCCGACGGUCCCGUUCUUCGCCUUCGUUCCCCGCCGGCACCGGCACAUGCAUAAGAAGAAAUGGGCAUCCACCAUUCCUCGCGUGCCUUCCACCAGACGGGCUCUGCGGGUCUUCGACAUGACCUAUGGUGUGCAGUUUGGCAGCCUCUGGCCCUCGAUCCGCAUCAGUCUUCUCUCGGAGCAGAAAUACGGAGCUCUAAUCAACAAUUACUGUGAUGCACAGAAGGUCACCCAGCAAUUGGAAGAAAUGAAUGCAGCAGAUUUCAUCUGGGAAUCUGGAAAAGUAGAUCAGGACCUGGAUUCUGCAGCUGAACAAGGUGCCAGUGAGCCUGACUCAUCCUCAGAAACUCAGACUGAACCCUCUGAGCCCCAAGCACAACCUCCUCAUUCUUUUAUAUCCAUCAGCCCCAACAUAAAAUGUUACACAUUCCCCAAAGGAGAUAUCAGCCUUUUUCAUCCAGCCAGACCAGACAUGUUAGGAGUUCUGGGCUAUUAUCUUCUGGAUGCUGCAUCCGUCUUGCCUGUCUUGGCUCUCAAUGUGCAGCCUGGCAACCUGGUCCUUGACCUUUGCGCAGCACCAGGUGGAAAGAUGCUGGCCCUUCUACAGACUGGAUGUUGUCGACAGCUGGCCGCCAAUGACCUCUCUGUUUCCCGCACUCGUCGGCUGCAUCAAAUUCUCCAUAGCUACCUUCCGAAAGAGCUCAGCGAGAUAGUGAGGAUUACAUCAUGGGAUGGAAGGAAGUGGGGUGACCUGGAGAUGAAUACUUACGACAGGGUGCUCGUGGAUGUACCAUGCACAAAUGACCGUCACUCAGUCGUAGAAGAGGACAACAAUAUGUUCAAUCCAAUGAGAAAGGGGGAGCGUCAGAUGUUGCCAAUGCUCCAGGUGCAGCUGCUUGUGGCUGGGAUACUUGCUGCCAAGCCAGGGGGAGAAGUCGUGUACUCAACGUGCUCCUUGUCUCAGCUCCAGAAUGAGUACGUGGUUGAGAGAGCUGUGGAGCUACUAGCAAUCCAACAUGACAUUAGCAUCCAGGUUGAAGACUUGAGCUGUUUUCGAAAGCGGUUCCAGAACACAUUUUCAUUCUAUCCUGACUGCAGACUUGGGGAACUCAUCCUUCCCCAUCUCACAGCUAACUUUGGACCCAUGUAUUUUUGCAAAUUGCACAGAUUGAAUUAGAAUGGGCAUGGCACGGCACGAAAAGUGGCCUGGGAUAUUUCCAACUUCCCUUUGACACCUGUCUUUUUGCAUAAAGACUAUGAUGCAGCUUGCAAGAAAAACCAGCAUUUUGCUUAAUUGACCCCAACCCUGUGUGCCAUUAAAAAAAAAACACCUACAUUACUCACUGUCUGUGGUUGCUACCAAACAAAUUCUCCACUCCACAGAUGGGAGGACGUCAUGUGUACAAGCCUUUGAUGUGUGCAACUAUCAUUGAAUACCACCCAUGAUUUCUGCCAUGUAUAUUGGCUGCAUAGGAAUAUUUUUUUUACAUAAGCCCAUAUGCUGCAAGUGGAACCACUCAGGGAUAAAACAAAAAAUUUUCCUUCCGGUAGUACCUUAGAGACCAACUAAGUUUGUCAUUGGUAUGAGCUUUUGUGUGCAUGCACACUUCUUCAGAUACACAGAAACAGAAGUCACCAGACCCUUAUAUAUAGUGAGAGGGUGGGGAGGGGUAUUAAAUUUGUUGUUGGAGUGUCCAUUUUCUAAAUGUUUGCUAAACUUUUCUGAGAACUGACUACCUGAUCUAGACUGUGUGUUUGGGUGAAGAUACAAAUACUUUCUUCCUAUCCAUAAUGACUUAAUAGGCUGUUCAACCGCCACUUAAGACUUUUGGAUCCAGUGGCUACUGCAGGAAAGAAGUCAUAUACAAGAUGUGAUUGGAAUCUUGGACAUGGCUGCUUGAAACUUAUCUGGUGGAUGGCAUAAUAUAAUUGCACCAUCAAAUUUAUUGCAUGCAUUUUCAGAGGAAAGUCCCCCAGCCUCCCAGGAGUUCAGGUUGGUGCUGUUCAUACUAGAGAGGCUGGAAGAAGCUUUCUUCUUCUUUGGCGAUCACUCGUAGCCGAAUAAGAUUGUCUUCCAUAAAUACAGCUUUAAAAAUGAGUCCGUAAAUGACUGUGGAGGCCAAUUCUGGAUCCACACAUCCUUCCACAAUGGGAAUAUUGGUUUCCAGGCGGGAGUUGAUCACAGUGUGGAUUUGCCAAGCAUGCCUUCCUCUUAGCAUGUUUCUCCCUUGCGUCCUGAGUUAAGGUGUCUUCAAAGCCCAUGACACCUUUGGUAAAGGCUGUUCUCCAACCGGAGUGCUCGCAGGCCAGUGUUUUCCAGUUGUCAGUGUUUAUACUACAUUUUUAAAGAUUUGCCUUGAGAGAGUCUUUAAACCUCUCUUGUUGACCACCAGCAUUGCACUUUCCAUUUUUAAGUUCGGAAUAGAGUAGUUGCUUUGGAAGACGAUAAUCAGGCAUCUGCACAUGACCAGUCCAACAAAGUUGAUGUUGAAGAAUCGUUGCUUCAACACUGGUGAUCUUUGCUUCUUCCAGUACACUGAUAUUAGUUCGCCUGUCUUCCCAAGUGAUGUGUAAAUUUUUCGGAGACACCGUUGAUGGAAUCUUUCAAGGAGUUGGAGAUGGCUUUUAUAAGUGGUCCAUGUUUCACUAGCAUAUAGUAAGGUUGGUAGUACAAUAGCUUUGUAAACAAGCAUUUUGGUUUCCCUGUGAAUGUCCCAGUCCUCAAACACUCUGCACUUCAAUUGGGAGAAAGCUGCACUCAUAGAGCUCAGGCGAUGCUGGAUUUUGGCAUCAAUGUUGGCCCUUGUGGAAAGAUAACUCCCUAGGUAGGAGAAGUGAUGGACGUUUUCCAACAUUACACCAUUGAGUUGGAUUUGUGGCGCUGCAGAGGGGUUAUUUUGUACUUGUUGGUGCAGCACUUUGAUUUUUGGGAAAUUGAGUGAUAGGCCAAGCUUUUCGUAAGCUGCAAAGAUAAUUAGGAUGGUUUGGAGGUCAUCCUCCGAGUGUGUGCACACUACAUUGUCAUCAGCAUACUGAAGCUCUAUGAUGGAAGUUACUGUUACCUUACUCUUUGCUUUCAGCGCAUUGCUGGCAGGCCUGCCCAUGUAUUUCUCAGCAUUGGACUGGACUGGUUUGUACAUAAUUGAAGCAUUGUGUGUGUGUGUGUUGGGGGGGCGCGGUUCUUAGCCAAGUUUUGUUUCAAAAUUUAGCAGCUAGACAGGAUAAGAUUCCUGUUUUUUAAUCUGUCCCGCCAUCAGCCUGUUUUGUUAUUUAGGGGUCAGUGAGAUGUAAGGAUUUUUCCUUGAAAUAAUUUUUCCAUUCUUAACUUAUUAUUUUGACCUCUGAUCAAGGUGAGCGUGGAUGUUGGUUGCUGCACAAUGGAAGUGUGGCUCAAACCAGGAAUAUAACCUUUUGGUGGACAUUUCUUAAAAAGGCUGGAUUACAAAGAUAAAACAAUGGUAUAUUAAAAUGUUAGUUCUGGUACACAUUGUGCUUUUACAAACAUAUUACUUUGAAAGUGUUAUGAUGGAAUCAAAGACAUGCUGAAAACCAGAAAGUCGCAAUCAGAUGCCAGGGGGAAAAGUGUAAAGUGGUUAAUUAGCAAGCUUUCAGCUUUCAUGUAUUCUUGGUGCAUAUCUUUUUGGCAGAAUUCAUGCUAUGUUUGGAAGUGUAGAGGGGCUGCAUUAUGUGGAUUAUACACCCCCCAGUUGUUUCCAG